UUUGUGUUUUGUUUUGGAGAUGAAAACGAAAACAGUGAAAACGAUGAGAACUUCAAGUUGAAUUUUGAUUGUUGCUGAUUUAAUGUCUCAAGGUGGAUUUGCGUAAAUGCUGGCAUCAGAGAUUCCAGCAUGGGAAGCCACCGAACAUGGAGGGCUCAAGCAAAGAAGAUGAGAAGGAAAAAAAUUCGCCAAAAAUUAGCUAAGGAAAGGGAUGAAAUUUUGAAGAAAGAACAAGAACGAAAAGAAAAUUCUCCAAAGUAUCAGGCAUGGCUUUCAGAGCAAAGAGCUCUAGAACUUUUUGCUGAAGAAGAAGAAGCCCGUCUGUCAGCUGAAAGAAAUGCUGCUUGGCUGGCUGAAGAGGAACGAGCCGAAAAAGCUUGGAGAGAUCGUCAAGAACGCCUUAAACUGGCUCGUGCUGAAAGAGCAAAGCAAGAGCUUCGUAUAAAGGAAGAAUGGGAAGAGGAGCAACGUAAACUUAAAGAAGCCAAGAAAGAACAGGAGCGUAUAGCAGAAGAGAAACAACAGAAACAGGAGGAGCUGAUGAGGCAAAUAGAAAACUUUAUUAAUAAGGGUGGGGAAAUGCCUCCUGAGGUAAAUGUGGCUUCAUCAUCAAAUCCUGAUAGACCGCCUUGCCCAUUUUUCACCAAGACUGGUGCCUGUAGAUUUAGUGAUAGGUGUUCACGAAAUCAUACAAGACCUGCUAUCAGUAGAGUUUUACUUGUACCUGGUUUCUAUGACCACAUUGGACUACGUCAAAUGAAUCCUGAUGAACUUGAAGCAGCUGAUGAUUGGCUAGAAUAUGAAGAUUCUGAAACAUAUCACCACUUCCUUGAUUUCUAUGAAGACGUGCUUCCAGAAUGGGAACGUGUUGGAAGAAUUUCCCAGUUCAAAGUUUGUUGCAAUUUUGAACCUCACCUCCGAGGCAAUGUGUACAUAGAGUAUGAGAGUGCGCAAGAUGCAGUUAAAGCUUUCAAAAUGUUUCAUGGACGCUUCUAUGGAGGGAAGCAAAUAAAUGUUGAAUUUGUAACGAUUGAUAGUUGGAAAGCUGCCAUUUGUGGUCAGUUUCACAAGAACUGUUGCCCCAAAGGACGGGCUUGCAAUUUUUUACACGUUUUCCGCAACCCACGGAACGCCUUCUAUGCUGCCGACCGCGACCAGCAGGACUGGCGGCGCAAGCAGCAGCGUGAACGUGACCGUGACCUGACACCCUCCUCCCGCAGCCGGCGGUCCCGCGACAGAUCCUGGUCUGGAAGCCCUCCAAACUCCCACCGACGGCGAGAUUGGCGCUGGUCCCCAUCUCCCUCCCCUCCACUGGAACACAGGUCUUCGACAGACUGUGCCAAUAGUGUGCGGUCUCACCGAAGUGACCAGAAAGAUCGCUCUUCAAGAAGGAGUAGUAGGCGAAGAGAGGAUUACAGCAGAGAUAGGAGUAGAGAACGAUUGCGUGCGAAGGUACGCAAGGGUGAAGAAAAAGAUUACAGCCACAAGGGGGAGCAAAAAAGAAUUUCUAAAAGGGACACAGACUACAGAGAGAGAGACUGUUUGGAAAAUGAUGAGAGCCUGUCUCAGGAUUCCUCGUCUGUUGGGGCAAAGGAUAAAUCUCAUGACAAGGCAUCCCAGAAGGAGAACAUGAAAAAUAGUGAAGUUCUUAAUGACAAACUGAAAAAGGGAAGUAAAUCUAGAAGAGAAUCACAUCGCAAAGAAAAAAGAAGAAAAAAGAGAAGCCGUGUUAGGUCAGGUUCUUCAAAUUCCUCAGAUUCCAGGGAAUAAAUAUAAAUGAAAGAUGAAGUUGUUAACAUUUUUGAGUAAAGAAAUAAACUUGCAUUUAAUCAUU